GAAAAAAAAUCACCUGGGAAGGGAAGUCCCCGUAGCCGCAUCCCGCGUUUGGUCCUUCGUCCUUUCCAAGGAAAGGACAAAGUGUCUCCUCUGCCUGAUUCCCCGUUCUCAGAGGAGGAAGGUAAAGAGUGUGACGUCAGCUCCGACCACUCUAAGAGGACCAUCAGUGCCAACAGCUUUUGCUCCAAUGACACCGGCUGCCCCACUAGUCAGUCUGUGUCCCCCUCCAAAAUCCUGUCAGGCUCAGAGCGCAGUAUCCACGGAUCACCGACCCUUGCAGAGCGCAAGACCAAAGUGAAAAGGGUGAGAGUGACAACUGAGUGUAGCGGCAAGGCACGGCGUGCACCGAGGCACAAGCUGAGGUCAGCUAUGAAAACCAGAGGAAGUGAGGUAGACUUCAGCUCCUCUAGCAGCACAGGCAGUUUGAAGACCAGAGAAAUCCUCACCUCCAGUUCCUUUGGGAAGAAACUUCAUCCUCGAAGCCAUGGCACUCGCAUCCGAUCACCCCCAGUGUUCAAACCACCCAGUGUCACAACUGUUACCCAUGAUGCAGAGCUUUAUGCUCCCUACAGAACUCCUCCCAGAGCUGCCUCCUCCACCUUCAGCAGCAGCUGCAACUCCAGCCCCACCUUAAGAAGAGUCGGCAUGAGUCGCAACCACUCCUGUGGAGAGAACCAUGGCAUUAGGCCCCCAAACCCUGAACAGUAUCUGACUCCUCUGCAGCAGAAGGAAGUGGCCAUCAGACACCUGAAGACACAGCUGCUGGAGUCUGAGAGCAAAGUUUGUGACAGAGAAAAGACGGUUGAGGACCUGAAAACCCAGCUUAGCAGGAUGAGGGAAGACUGGAUUGAAGAGGAAUGCCAUCGAGUGGAAGCUCAGCUGUCCCUCAAAGAAGCCCGCAAAGAGAUCAAACAGCUGCGCCAGGUGGUGGAAACCAUGAAGAGCAGCCUGAUGGAAAAGGAUAAGGGAAUACAGAAGUACUUUAUUGACAUCAACAUCCAAAACAGGAAGUUGGAGUCCUUGCUGCAUAGCAUGGAGCUUGCCCAGAGUGGUUCUGCCCUCCAAGAUGAAAACACUUUGGAUUUUAUGUGCGACAGCCCUGAAGAUGGUGAGAAAAAGAUAAGAGUGAUGGAGCUGGGAGAUCAAGGAGCAGAAGCAAUGGCAGACAGUGGGCUGCUGGUGAAUGAUGAGAUGGCCAACAGAGCGGACAUUUUUGAGCAGGUCUUCAUGUCUACUGCAGUGGAUUUCAGCCAGGACUCAGGCUUCCAGCCAGGGGCCAGGGCAGAGCUUGGCUCUGGGGUACCUGCUCUGUCAGAAGAACAACAGUUGGCUCAUUCAUCUACUGCAGCUCCACCACUUUCAACUACAAUCACCAUUUCUUCAAACACUCCAUACCUGCAGAAAACAGAAGAUGAAGGAAUUCAGACCGAUCCAGUGCCCAUAUCUCAAGACCUGCAGGCUCUGCUUCUUCAGCUACUAAAGGUUCAUGGAGCUUCACCUGAGGGUGUAGCUCUAUCGGCUCCCAGCAGUCUCGUGGAAUGCCCAAACCUACCCAGUUCUACCAAUGCCAAUCAGCAUGACUCCAAAGUGCACAAACCCAAUAUGUUUUCAAGUAAUCCUGAAGGCUCUGCAGGUUCUGGCAAAUGUUGCUUAGAGGCUACACAGUGUUGCAGGUUCAUGGAGGAGCUGGACUUUGACGUUUCAGAGGAGAAAAUUUGUCCUCCUCCAGAACAGAGUGUUGUAGGCAAGCAUUACUGGAGCAACAACUUUCUGGUUGAUCUGGUGGCAUUGGUGGCUCCAGUAUUGCCCACAGUGGCCUGGUUGUACUCGCGGCAUGGUGUGAACAGAAGCACUCCAGUGUACAACAUUGCUGCUCUUAUCAGGGGCUGCUGCAUCAUGGGAUUGCACUCACUUCGUCGUGUUAGUCACAGGCUGGAUGUCUAACUGCUUUCAUCCCGCAUGUGUAUACCCAACUUUGAUCCAAACGCAUUUAAGCCUAUUUCCAAGAGUAUUGAUCUGUUUUUGUUCAUUUGAGAUCAAUGCAGCUGCUUUGGUUCCAGCACUGUUACUUUGUUCUUGUAUAUUUAUUAUUAAAGCACAAUAAAAAUUUGCAUGUG